GCCAGUGCUCGACGCGUCGCGUCAGCUCCGUGAACUUGCAUGUCACUUCUUGUCUCCGUCCGGCGAUGUUGCCGUGCAACUCGCGACAGUCUUCGAGCAUGUAUUCGAGGUCAUGCAUUUCUUCCAGCUAGGUCCUAUAGCAACGUCCAAGCACAGCCGGGCUCAAAAGUUAUAUUCUCUGGCAUACAGCCGACAGGGAUACCGCAUCUAGGGAACUACCUCGGUGCACUCCUGAACUGGGUGAAUCUGCAGCGCAAUGCGCACCCGGACGACAGGCUGCUGUUCUCCAUCGUCGGGUGGCAUGCUCUGACUUUGCCGCAAGAUCCAAAACUGCUCAAGGCCGCUCGCAGAGAAAUGCUGGCAGUCCUCCUCGCCAUAGGCCUCGAUCCAGAGCGUUCCAUUAUCUUCUAUCAGGAAGAUAAUCCACAUCAUACCGAGUUAGCGUGGGUCUUCAAUUGCAUCACACCCAUGGGGAGGCUCCAGCGCAUGACUACAUGGAAGUCAAGGCUAGCGAUAUCACGCAAUGCGAGAGACGAGUCGGAGGUCGACGAAUCCCACCUGAAUGCAGGAUUGUUCACCUACCCCGUGCUGCAAGCCGCCGAUAUUCUUCUCUACAAGACUACGCAUGUGCCCGUAGGCGAGGAUCAGCAGCAGCACAUCGAGCUUUGCCGGGACAUCGCAGAUACAUUCAACCGCACGAGCAAACUAGCGCGCCCUUUCUUUCCGCUACCUGAGUGCAUGAUCAGUCCGACUCCAAGGGUGUUGUCGCUGAGGGAUCCGUCCUCCAAGAUGUCGAAGUCAGCGCCAGACGAGAAGUCGCGUAUCCUUCUGACGGACACGGCGGAACAAAUUAAAGUCAAGGUCCGCGGUGCGGUAACCGACACGCCUAUCGGUAUCACGUACGACCCGCAGAGCCGACCUGGCGCUGCGAAUCUUUUGACUAUCCUGGCUGCUUGUACUGGCGAGGAUGUCAUGAAGGUCGCGACGCGGUACCACGACAAGGGCCAUGGUCAGUUCAAGGCCGACGUGGCGGACGCGGUUGAGGAGAUGUUCAGGGGACCUCGCGCUGAGUUCGAACGAUUGAAAGGAGAAGGGGCAUAUCUCACAUCAAUUGCUGCUACCGGAGCAGAGAAAGCAAGGGCAUUAUCAGAAACAACCAUGAAAGAAGUACGGUCGAGGCUCGGAUUAGCUUAGGUAUGAUACUAAGCUGCUUUGUACAGGCUGUAGAGCGCUUUGCGCGUGUAGAGUCAGCGGGGCCGAAUACAUUGUUC